AUAUAUUACUAGUAGUAUGUAGUGUGUAUUUUAUGCAUUGAAUGAGAAUAUUGCUCUUUCACUGAAGCAAUUGGAUUAAUUUCUUAUGAGCUUCUAUUCUCUUCUCCGACUGAAAGAUUCUUUCAUAGCCAUUCCAAAUCAAGGCUACAUACUUCUUUUCUUUCAUUUUUUUUUGCUCUUUGCCAGUUUUCCUGCAUGUCUAUUCUUUGAAUAGCAUAUUCUAAGCCUCUCCCUUACACAGGAAUAUCAAGAUGUUUGAUGCAUUGCUAAAAAGCAAGUUCUACACCAAAUGCAAGUCUACAGUGAAGCUGACAAAGACUCGAAUCAUGAUGAUCAGAAAAAAGAGAGAUGCUAUGCUGAAAUACUUGAAGAAUGAUAUGGCUGACCUUCUUAAAUCUGGAGUGGAUGUCAACGCUUACGGCAGGGCUGAAGGCCUUCUAGUUGAGCUGAAUAUCUCAAGCUGUUACGACUUAUUGGAGCAAUAUUGUCUGCAUAUUUUGAGUCAUCUCACAACCAUGAGUAAACAGAGGGAGUGCCCAGAGGAUUGCAGAGAAGCUGUAUCGACUUUGAUGUCUGCAGCAGCAAGAUUUUCCGAUGUGCCAGAAUUACGUGAACUGAGAGCUAUAUUUACUGAGAGAUACGGAAAUUCCCUCGAUUUUUUUUUGAAUAAAGAAUUUAUUACAAAGCUAAAGUCACAACCACCUACAAAAGAGAUGAAGCUUCAGUUGCUGCAGGCAAUAGCAGUAGAAUCUGGUGUAAGAUGGAAUUCAAAGGCUUUGGAGCAUAAGCUACAUAACCCACUGAUAUCUGUACAAGGCUUUCCAAAUAGUCAUAAUGAUGAAAAGCACAAAUUGCGCAAGAAAAUGGAUGCAUCAGCUCAGAGGAAAGAACAUCAAAAAGCUAAACUUAAUCAUGAGAAUGCAAGGGAACAUACGACUUCAAAAGCGACAAGGGAGCAUCAUUCAUCUCAUGGAAGAAACGAAGUCCAUGGUCAUGUACAAAGUUUGCCUGGGGGAAGGGAGAGUGACAAACAGAAAAGAGAUAAUGUAAGGCGUGCAUCCAAUAGAUAUUUAGAUGACACGCCUCCAAUAAAAGGUAUUGAAGCGGAUAGUAUUGGCAGAAAAGGACAACAAAAUGAACCCGCAGAGAUCAUUAGAAGUGUUUCUGAAGAAGAAUCUGAUGACAAAAAGCCAUUCUAUUAUCGGUCAUUUCAGCCUAAUUACAACAAGUCAAGAGCAUGCAUUUCAAAAAACAGUUCAGAUGCAUCUCCUAUUGGUUCCACUGGGGAGGCUCGGGGAUAUACAGAGAUGACUGAGAGGGCGAAAGAUGAAGAUACCUGUGUAAAUGAUACAAUCAAAAAGCUAAAACCGAAAUCAGUUAGGACACGUCUGCAGCCAACGCGUGGUUGUGAGGAGGACUCGGGUAGACUGAAAGGCAAGGAGAGAGAGAAGGGGUUUACUAGUGGAGUGAAAGAAGUAGCAAGAGAUGGAAAACAUGGCAUAAAAAUCGCAAACGGUGAUCAUCUUGAUCGACGGGAUGAAGAGGAAAAGAUGAUGGACAGUCUUUUAAUGCACUAUACGAGGAAACAGGUCCAAAAUGAUCAACUUAAGAAACCAAAAUCAGUCGUUAAGCUAUCUAAACUAGCUCAAGUUGAGACGGAUGAAGUCUCAAGGCAGAGACUUCCAGCAUCCAUACCUGUUGAAUUGAAACAAGCAAGUCCAGUAGCACCCAAAGAAGCAAAUUCCUUUGAACAUGAUAUGUUGAGUCCAAAUGGGCAUAUCCAUCCGAAGCUGCCAGAUUACGAUGACUUUGUCACUCGACUGGCUUCUCUCAGAGGAAAAUAAAAAAGAAUAACUUUGUACGUAGUUAGAUGGAACCGUUGUACCAUUCUUCAUCUUACUAGUUGCUUUCUCAUCAAAUUCUUUGUUAAUGAGUUAGGAUGGUUAUCAGGAAGUAUACAAAAGUGUACAUGUGCAUUGGGCAUAUAAUUCAUGGCUAGCAUUGCACUGUGGAGAAUACUAUAUCAAGAGCAAGAACUUUUAGGAGUAUCACAUAGAAGGAAAGGAAGAAAAGAGAAGUCCACAGGUAUAGUAAAUACUUGAUCGCUUGAAUGGUCAUUUAACUUGAUGAACGGCCAUCAGAAUCAGCUAUCUUUUUCUUGUCUUUCAAAAGUAUCUUACUUUACCUUGUUCACUUUAAUGGUCAUUUU